AUGGCGAAUAAUCAGUUCAUUGCCACAAAGGAGUGCCUACUAGAUCAUCAUCACGUUGUGCUGAUGACGACUGGCAGCGUAAUAUCUAUUAAAACUCCUCUCAUUGUCAUAGAGCUUCUCCAAUACUACUGGAAUGUCAAAGUAGAGGUGAUUGCGACAAAAGAGUUGCUUGCAUUUUACAACCCUUCAGAUGUGGUCAAGGCAGGUGGACGUGUAUGGACGGACAAGGAUGAGUGGUUGGGAUCAUACAAGAUCAGCGAUCCAAUCCUACAUAUCCAGUUGAGGAGAUGGGCUGACAUUGUCCUUGUUGCUCCCUGCUCAGCAAAUACACUCUCAAAGAUUGCAUACAGACUUUGUGACAACCUCGCUACCCCUCUUCUUCGUGCACUGGCACCUUCGACGCUGACUUACAUAUUCCCAGCAAUGAAAACACUCAUGUACAAACAUCUACUCACGGCAGAACACGUGUGCAUUGCCAGGGAUGUUGUGCAGUACCAAGCUGUUGGACUAGGUGCCAUGACAGAAUGGCGUGAUAUUGUGAAGAUAGUGGUGGAUCAAAUGGAACUCGUCACCUUGCUUGCAAGGUCAUAUGAAUAG